AUGGCUUCACCGAUAAAAUCCAUUGAUAAUUUCCUAAUCUCCUCAACUCCACAUCACUUACAGGUCGAAAUUAAAAGUAAUGUAAAACGGAAAGAUAAGAAAGCUAAUUUGGAUAUUGAAAUGAACACUGAUGGUGUGGAGACACCUCAGGAUAAAUGUAUAUUUCAGGUUAAAACGAAAUCUCGAAACAGCAAUAACAGCAUGGUCUAUCUAGAAGAUGCUUUACGUUUGGGCUGGACAUCUCAACGUGCGAGUUACUUAUUUGAUCUCUUAACAAGGCCUCCGCUUCUUUUUUCUCCCAGCAUGGGAAUCAGUCUUUCAUUCGAAAAAGGUUCGCAGAAUAAUUAUCAAAUCCUACCCGCUAACAAACGAAAUCGUCCGAUUGAUCCUGAUCCGUGUUUGUUAUCGAUCGACGGUCUUCUAGACUGUUUAUUCGUAACGAAUUCUUUGGUUGAUCAAAUCUAUCAUGACUGUAUGGAUAAUCCAGAAAAUCGGGGGAUUGAUGAAUACGAACACUCUCCUACCGUUUUGGCUGCGAAAUUCUUCCGAAGACGAGUGAAGCCAAUCAUUACUCGAUUAUCAGAAUUCCGUCUCAAAUUGUCGGAUUUCAAGCUGGGCGCAUGUGUUGGUAGAGGGGCUUGUGGAAUAGUACGUGUAGUACGUGAAGUAUCGCCACCUCAUUCAGUGUAUGCAAUGAAAUCUCAGUUUAAAGGAGCGUGGUUGCAUCAUGAUCCGGAGGGCUCUCAGAUUCUGCUUGAAAGGACUGUGUUAGCGCAAGCAACUGCCAUUGAAAAUCCAUGGCUUCCACACCUGCAUUAUGCAUUUCAAGAUGAAAAGCACUUGCAUCUUGUGAUGGACUAUGAACCCGGUGGCGAUUUGUAUAUAUUCUUAAGCAAAGUUGGUCAUUUGUUGGAUUCAAAAAUGAUACAGUUUUAUUGUGCUGAAGCUGUGGAAGCCGUUCAUUCACUGCACCAAAUGGGCUAUAUUCAUUGUGACCUAAAGCCUGAAAAUUUCGCAAUUGAAAGGAGUGGACACCUGAAGCUAAUUGAUUUUGGUUCGGCUAUCAGGCUUGAUGCUGAUGGAAAAUGUGUCUGUCCUACAAUGGUUGGGACAAAAGAAUAUCUGAACAUUGAACUUUUACGACAACGUGGACAUGAUGAUGCAAUGAUGCAGAAAAUUAUGGAUUAUCGGAAAACACUCAAGUUCCCUGCAACCGCUGAAAUAACAGACUGUGCUAUUCAUUUAAUUAAAUCACUAAUUAUUAGUCCAUCGAAACGGUUAAGUUAUGAAGAUGUUGUUAUGCAUCCAUUUUUCAAAGAUAUUGAUUUCUCUGCAUUGAGACAAGUCACUCCUCCAUACUUGCCCCCAGUUGGUGAGUUAGACGAUGUUUCAAAUUUUUCCGGCGGUGGUUCUCGUGCUCGUGAUGAGGCUAUAUUGGAUGUCUCUAGGAACCAGACUUUCUCCCCAAUACGUUAUACAAAGUCAUCUGUUCAAGACGGAUAUGUCACUCAGUGUGUUACUUUAAACAAUGAAGAAAACGAAGAAGACGAAACUGUGCUGGUAAAGCCUUUAGAUACUGAAAUUUUGAAUGAUGAAAAUCAGGAGAAUAUUAAUCCACAUAAAUCACUGUUGUCCCCCGAAGUAUUAAAAAGAAAAGCAAUUCAAGAAGCUGCUGCUGUACCAAUAAAUGAAGAAAUUGAAGAAAUAGAAGAUAUAGAAUGGGAAGGUUCUGAGUGUGUCCGGGACUUACCAUUCUUGGGAUAUACGUAUACACCUGGAUUGGUAUUAUUCGGAAACCUUUCCAAGAAACAGGUUCAUUCGACCGCCGUUGCUCAUGUUGGAACAUCAGUAAUAGCUAAUAUCAGCACACCUUACAGACGAACAUUUAUUGAAAACCAAGAUUCAUUAUCUACAUCACUUAGACAUAGCAUUGGUUGUUCUGACGUUGGGCGACUUAAGGAUGCCAAAAAAACGAGUGAUCCUGAAAUCGUCGGUUUAUCUGAACUUCAGCAACGUAAUCGACAGUUAUGUGAACAAAUUGAACAGCUACAACUACAGAAUAAAGAGUCUGAGGAUUUACGUCAACGAUUAUUAAGUGCAUUCGACAAUGGUCAUGUCCUGAAAGAAAUUAAUGAAGCUGUACGUGUUCUUUCUGAUACAGUCGUUGAGAAAGAAAAGUCUACUGUUGGUCAUUUGAAUUCUAGAAUAAAACACCUUCAGGAAGAAAAUUUUCGUUUGACUGCUUCAGUACAAAGUUGUCAACAGGCACAAGCUAUAGUGGAUCAAUUGCAACACGCUGUGUCUCGUCUUUCAAAUUUGCCAAGUAAUUUUACAGAAGCGGAUUUACUUGAUCUGCUAACUGCACUAUGUCCACCUACAGUUUACACAACACCUGAAAUGCUCGCUGAUGUUUCACUGUCAACUAUACGUACAUCUAGUUCAUCAGAUAAUCUUAUUGGCUAUGAAUUAGUUCAUCGUCUUAUCAAUUUCGCUCUCAAACAAUUUAAACAUGCUUCUAAUCGUGCAAGACAAUCAUGUUAUGCAUUAGAAUCGACUAAUGCUGAGCUGAAGAAAGCUUUAGAUGAAUCAAAGCAACAAGUUAAUCAAUUGGUGGAAACUAUUGAUGGAUUAAUUGCAGAUCAACGUCGUUAUCGUGAGACUGAGAGCAAUCUUAAUUGGGAAAUUAAAGAAUUGAAACAAAAGCUUGAAGAUUCGAAGGAUUAUCAACGUGAUUUACACCAGAAGUUCUUGCAAUUCGAAGACAAAUACUUCUCAGCACGAGAGAGGUUAAAAGAAGAAGAAAAGAAAAACAAAGAGAUUACAGAGAAACUUGAACAAUUGACACUUAACUCAGUGCAAAAACAACAGAAUAAUUCAUCUGAAUUGCAAACACAAUCUGGUCAACUUAGUUUAUUGGUUGAACGUAAUAAGGAAGUGGAACGGGAACUUGCAGCUUUAAGAAAUGCCUUGCAAGAAGCAACACAACAAAAUGGGUCCGAAUUAAGUGAAUUGAGAAAGCAGUUGGAUAAUGUAAGAACAGAGAAAGAGCAUUUAUUCAAUGAUAAGCAAUCUGAACGUCGUCAACUAGAAGAACGAGCAGAUAAAGCGGAAACGCAAUUAAAAAGUCUACGAGAUCAAAUUGCAGUUAUGCUUACUGAACGUGGUCGUUUAGUUUCACUUUCAGCAAUCGACUCUCAGCGCUUAUCAGAUAUGCAACUACAAUUAAAUGACGCAAUAAUGAAAAAAGAAUCUGCUGAAAUUUCUCUUCGUGAAGCAACACUUCGACUGGAAAGAUUAAAUACUACACAUAAUCAAACGCUUAUUCUUGAUCAAAUGAGAAAUGAAUUUGAAUCAACAAGGUCCCAGUUGAGAACUGCUCAAACUGAACUUAUUCAAUAUAAACAAAAUGAGGAAUUGUUACGCGAACGCGUAGCUAACUAUGAACGUGAGAUUUCUGACCUGAAGCAAGAAGUGACGCUUCUGCGAACACGACAUGAUCAAUUACAGGCUUCUAUUGCUCUAGGUCAUACUGCUGAAAAUUCAUCUGAAGUGCAUAAUCAAUUAGUUACUCUCACUGAUGAGAAACAAACACUCCAAGACGAGAUAGAUCAACUGCGGACUCAAGUUGAACGACUUCGUCUCAAUAAUACACAACUUCUCAGUCAACGUGAUACUGCUCGUCAAGACGCUCGAGAGUCAGAAAUGGCAACAGUGAGAGCUAAAGAACUAGGCGAAGCAACGCAACAAGCACUUGAGCGUGAAGUUCAUCGUCUUUCUACUAUUACAGAACAACAAGGGAAGUUGAUCAAUCACAUGCGUGGUCUUCUACCCCCGGAAUUCAAUAACACUCAUCGUAAUUGCUCUGCCGAUGGUAGUUCAGAUUAUCAAAAUUCUGAAGGUGGUAAACGACGGGCUAGUAAAUUUAUAAGUUCUAAAAGUCGUCGACCAGGUGCUCCUUUGAUUUCAGCAGCAUCUGCUUUUUUCAAUAAACAUCGUAAACGUGAAGUAAAGACUGAAUCUAAUCCUGAGAAUGUUGAAUAUUUAUCAUCUAAUGAGUUUACAAGACAACCCAGUCGUAUACAAAAGAUGAUGAGCAAAACACGUCUUAACUUCAAAAAGCAUUCUACUAUGCCCGUUAAAGUAGAUUAUUCUGUAAAUGCACCUUAUUAUACAACAUCAGCAAACGAUGAGUGUUACAUGGAAGAUUAUGACCCGCUAGGAUAUGAUGUAUAUUCUGCUGAUGAUGCUGAUUUUGAUGAUGGACUUCCGUUUCCCGCCCCUUCAACCUUUGCUGUUCCACAUGGUCGGCCACCUAGAGCAAGUGAUAAUGUGUCAAAUACUGGUAGUACAUCUUCCGCUCCAAGUACAGCCAGUUCAGCUCCAGCUGGUCCAGUAAAAUUUGUCCGUGAUCAUUCAUGGCACAGAAAUCGAUCAAAGAUUCAUGUAGGUUGGGCAGAUGGUAAUGAUAAACCGGAAUUAAGUAAAGUGCCAUCAGCUUUGAAGCAUCGUGGUCAACCGAAAAUACUGAAACAAUUGAGUAAAGUUCUAGGUCGUGGCAAACAAUCUUCUACGCACCUUGAUCCUAAUCGACUUGAUGAUUGA